UUGUUCCUGACAGUGAUAAGAAAUUUUUGGACAGUAUACAAAGAUACAUCAUUACAGAGAUUGAAAAAGUGGGUUGUACAGAACAAGGACCAGCUGAGGAGUAUUACAUUAUAUACAGAAAUGUUUUUGACAAGGUAACAAAGCACUAUAGGAAAAUAUUUUCUUUGUAAACAAGCAGUGGAAAGGGCUCUCAAUCUUAGAUGCACUGAUAAACAGGAAGUGAUGUGUGUCAUUUUUUUAAAAUGAGACUUUAGAUUCAAAUCCUCAAAGGUAUUUGGCCUAGUCGAUGAAAUUAAUAGAUGUUAGGAUUCUAAAUACCUUUGAGAAGCUGGGCCUUAGUGCUCACAAGAGGUUGGCUUGACAGCCCUGAAGAAUGAAUAAGUGUCUUCAUCCGUAAGACAGGUACAGCACUGGAAGCAGCAGUAUAAGCUUCCUCACCAAUGUACUUCAUCUCUGACCUGGAAAUACCGGGUUUAGGGGUGAAAGGGUAGCACUGUCUCCAUGGGCAUACAAGGCCAGAUUCUCCCCCAUGUUAGGGCGAUUUUGUGCUGCUCUGGUAUUUCAGAGCUGCGCUAAAACCAGCAUAGACUACAAUUAUGCAUGGAUUACAUUGUAUGAUUUCUCUAUGCUAUACAGUCUUUAUAGUGUCUUCUAUACCACAUCCUUCCUUGCCAUUGGCCCAAGGGGUAUCACUGAGGGAAGAAGAUGGGGCUAGGGAAGGGUGGAUAAAAAUCAAUGAUUUAAAAAAAAAAAAAAAUUCUAAAAGGGCCAAUGAAAACAAAAAUGGUAAAUUGUAAACAAAUUUCUUUGCCUACCAUUACAAACAAAUUACUGAAAGAACUUACAAUAGUGAAUAUUUAAAAAUCACUUCGCAGCAUUUUUACUGUUUUUUGUAUCUCACUCAUUUUGAAUAAUGAAAAUCAUUUUCACUUUUGUUUAUAAUCAGUUUUUCUUUCAGAUUUUUGGUGUUGCAACAUUUGGAUUUAAAAAACUUGAAAUGAAUGUUUGGGAGAGAGCUGCAAUACAUCUACAUACAUAUUAAUAUGUCUUGUAAAUCUAAAGUAAAUUUUCUAUACAGUUGAGUAACCGUCUUAUACACAGUAAAUUCAUCAGUAACAAAGUUUCUAUUUGUAUAAUGAAAAUGCUCAAAAAUUGCUUUUUUUGCACUUUGUACUUUCAGACAGGGAUAAAGUAGUUGUUGGAACUUGUUCAUUACCUUCUUUGUAGCUAAAAGCCUAUAUUGUGAGAGCACAGCACUGAUGAAUGUGUCUGCCAAAGCUGUGGGUGCAGCUGAAUUGGCCGCAUGGGGUAUGUGGAUGACUUCACAGGCUUCCACUGUGUUCUGUGAAUUUUCCUGUAAGAAAGACUGUGCAGCUGUCUGCAAGCACAAUGUAACUGGACCAGGUUUUCCAAUUUCAGCAUCAUCCCUCGGUUCAUUUCUUCACUGUGAAUAGAAAAGAUACAAUGAAAUCAGGGUGGAUUUGAUUUAAAUCAAAUUGAUUUAAAAAAUCUGAUUUUUUUUAAAAAAAUCAGUGAUAUUUAUCCACGCUGCUUUUUGACAUUUCAUAAAACUUGUCUUAUGUCAUUCCAGAUUGAAUCAAUUAUCAUCCAAUCACACUUCUAGAGAGCUAUACAAUGAAUUUACUAGUUUGAAAAAUGUCAGUUAUAUAGACUGAAGAUUAAAAGAAAAUAUAUCUAUAGCAAGUCCCCAAAUAUCAGGGUGGAUAAAAAUCAAUGACUUAAAAAAUAAAAAUCCAAUUUUUUAUAUUUAAAUCAGAUUUUUUUCCUCAAAAAUCAUCUAAAGAUAGUUUUGAUUAAGAUACACUGUAGCUCAAAGAUAUCUCAUCAUGAAAUAGGGAUUAUAAAUUCUAAUUCUAUAGUAUGAGACAAUAUAUUCAUGUAAUGUUUAAGAAAAGUUUUGUAAGUAAGUUCCAAUAGUUCAUGGAUUAGGGACCCAAUCUUAUGGGCCUCCAUGGGCUUUUGUAUAGAUUAUUUAGGUAAUCUUUCUAUCUACCCAAUGGGACUUAGUGCUCAGUCUAUGAUACCAUCAGAGAUGCUUAGUUUUGCCGUUCUUGAUUUGUGUCUCCAGAGAUAACAUAUUUGUUAACAGCAAAAAUGUUUUAAAAUAAAUAAAUAAUAUAUGGAGGUGACAAAUAACAGACCUCAACCCUAUUGUCCCUCUGCAAAUUUGUGUACACAGAGUCAAUCCCUUACCUCUCUAAAAGUGCAAAGUUUCAGAAAGUUCUAUGAAUAGAAGAUUGUUGGGGGUGGAAUAGAUCUGCACAAGGAGAAGAAGUCUGGAGAUAAAUGUGAGAAGGGAGGGACAGGCAGUAGAAACAAAAGUGAAACUCUUUGAGCAGCAUAUUCCAGAAGUCUUGAGGUCUUUCUGAGUAUAGCCUUCGUUGAUUUGAGAUCUACCAAUUCUGUUCUCUCACUAGAAGGGAAAACCUAUCAUGGCAGCAGGCCGUAAAAGACCCAGUUUGGGAAUAUUUUAAUGAAGUUCCUCUGCCUGUGGGUAAGACAGGCAGGUAUGCAAAAUGCAAACAGUGCAGCAAAGAAAUGCAAGGCCUAGUUGCUCAAAUGAAACAACAUCAUGAAAAGUGUUCCUUCUCAAGAGGAAGUUGCCUUGAAGAUUAUGAAAGGAACAUGUCUGAACAUGCAGGAUCUUCAGGAGAAUCCAUCCUCAACAUACAGGAUUCUGCAGAUUAUCUACCUUCAAGAUCACCAUUAUGUUCUAUAGUUUCAGAGUUAUCUGCCAAUGAUAAUGUUUCAGUCACAUCAUGUAUGUCACAUAGCCACAGUAUAUCACCUGUAGCAAAAAAAAAAUCUCCAUAAUCCAGAAACAACCAUAGAUAUCUUUGUGAUAAGAACCAGCAGAUUACGAAAAGAGGUAAUUGAUGGAAAAAUUGCUCGGUUUGUAUAUGCAACAAAUUCUCCUUGCCGUAUGAUUGAGAACCCACACUUCAUUAGCAUGGUUCAGUCAUUCUGGCCAGGAUACAGUCCAACCAACGAGCAGAUGUCGCUGGCAAAUUGCUGGGUAAAGUGUAUGAAAGAAAUCGAGCAGUGUGCAAAAGGUCUAGAGGGUAGAAUUGUUAACCUGAGUCUUGAUGGGGGAGCAAAGUCCACAAUAAUCCUGUUGUAUGUACUUGUGUGACGAGAAGAAGGGAACGUCUUCAGGAAAUACGCACACACAGCAGCAUACUUACAAGAAGUAGAAGUAAAAGCUAUAACAAACUGAAAAAAGAAAAUUAAAAUGUCUAGUAUGCAGCUUGGUCACAUACAAUGCUGCAAAUGUAUCCAAAAUGAGAAGAAAUGAUUUAGAAGAGAGUGAAGAGAGUCCCAAGCUAAUAACAUAUGGUUGCAGUGCUCAUUUGAUGCGCCUCCUAGCCAAAGAUUUCAGUGUUCCAGAAAUAAAGGCUAAUGUUGAAAUUUCAAAAUACUUCCCUAACCACCAUUUUGCAGCGGCUGCUUUGAAAAAAGUGGGAGGAACCAAGCUAACUCCCACAAGACAUGCGAUGGAACUCAGUAGUGGACUGUCUUGAGCUGUAUAUCAAGAACUGAUGACAGUUUGUGAACAAAAUCAUGAAAAAAUAGAUGGCACUGUCACAGCCAAAGUUCUCAACAUUGGGCUUAAGAGAAAUGUUGAACACAUGCUGAGUACCCUGAAACCUGUUUCUGUAGCCUUGAACAAAAUGCAGGGAAAUAACUGUUUUAUUGCUGAUGCCAUUGAAAUUUGGAAGGAACUGAGUGAGAUCUGAAAAAGAAAAAAGUGCAAUGACAGAGUUUAAAUUACAGGCAUUAAAAAAACAAAUGGGACCAGCACUAUCUCCAGCUCAUUUUCUUGGAAAUAUUCUCAAUACUCGGUACUAGGGUCAAACCUUAACUGCUGAAGAAGAGUAGUUGGCUACGACAUGGACAUCCAGCAAUCAUCCCUCCAUGAUGCCAACUGUAAUAAACUUCAGAGCUAAAGGUGAAGCAUUCAAGAAAUAUAAGUUUGAUGUUUUAAAGAAAGUCUCUCCAGUGAACUGGUGGAGGUCACUUCAAGCACUUGGAUUCAGAGAUUGUUGAAGUGAUGAUCUCACUUUUAACUGUAGUAGCUUCUGCCGGUGUAGAAAUAUUAUUUUCUUCCUUUUUGGACUAAUUCAUUCCAAAUUGAGAAAUCGUUUAGGACCUGAAAAAGCAGGAAAGCUUGUUUUUUCUUUUCCAGAUUAUGAACAAACAGGAAAAUGAAGAUGACGAUGAAUGAGUUAGCUGCAAAAGCCAAUAUUUUAAGUUUCUCAUGUUGACCUGGCUGACAUAGUUUGAUUUUUUUUUUAAUUCAUCUAACUGUUUUAGUUUAAAAUUGUUUUUAACAAAAACAAACUUGAUUUGAAAAAACUUGAAUGUCUAACUAAAUUAAAAAAUUAAUAUGCUUGUUUUGUUAAAAUGUUUGGCGUUGAAGAAAAAAAUCCAGAAUACAUAAUGUUUUUAGUUAAAUAAAACAAUUUAAAUGUCUGUUUGGUGAUGUUCUCCUCCUAAUACAGCAUGGCAAGAAAAUCCUCCAAAUAUUAAUGAUUAACCUGUUGAAUUGAGGAUAGUUCACCUCCCAAUGACUUCAUAAAUAUCUGCUUCAGUUAUUUUUGGUAAAUGAAAUAACCAAACAAUCAUUCCUCUUCUGAUGUAGCUGUAAAACUAAUCUGAAAAGUUUUGAAAAUAAAUCACUUUCAAAUGUAUAGUGUGUACCUUCUAAAAAUGAAACCUACAUCAAUCUCUGAGUUAUGAAGAAUAUGUAUUAAGGUUAUAACAACCAAUGAGAAUGCACUUUUAUGUAGAAAUCCAUGAUCAAAUUGAGUCUUCCUGACGAGUGAUUUAAAUCAAAUCCACCCUGGCUAGGGGGUGUCUGUGAUCUCUGGCUGCCAUAACUGCCCCUUGGGACUGUUGGCAGCUGGUGUAAGUUAAAGCAGCUCUAACUUUUGGUGGGAGAUCAGACUGUUGCUUACUUGUUUUAGGAUUAAUGCGACUUUGCGCUUCCGUCCCUCUAGUUGCAUUGAGUACUCUGACUGGAGCCCAGGAUCAGGCUAUAAUGUCUGGCCUUUUAUCGGAGAGCCAUAACAAAUGCUCUCCUUUUGUUGGUGGUUUUGUGAUGUAGACAUCUAGGAACUAGAGUGAGACCACCAAGUCACUUCACUGCACAGCCAUUAUAAAAUACAUUAGAAUUGGAAUAACCUAGCAUUAGAACAAUUUGGGGCAAUGACACUCAUAGAAAGUCUUUAAAUACCGGCACAGGUAUGCUCCUUCUUUUGCCCUGAACGUUGUCCCUUAUGUCAAGAUGUGGCAAGAUAAUGAAUUUCCUCAAAGCUUCACACAAACGCUUCUACUUUUUAACAUUUCUUCAUCAGGGGUUCCAUUCCUUAUUUCUGAAGGCUUUUUACUUUGAUGUUUUUGUAUUGAAUAGUUCUCCCCUCAAGUAAAUGGAGUUUGACUGCUCUGUGAGGGAGCUACUCAGUGAGCUGGCAAUUUAAAACCAGCUGAUACUCCCCAUUGACCAAUCCCCAACAGGAAGUUGGGGAUUCUUCCUGCUUUGAGCAGGGGAUUGGAGGUCCCUUCCAACCCUGAUAUUCUAAGGCUAUAUUCCAUUUUAAAGGUAUUUAAAAUGCAUUAAACCAGUUGAUCUGAUGUCCAUUAAUACUACAUAAAUUGACUCAGUAUUCACAGGAAAAAUCUUGGCCUCUGCUUUAUUCCUGUAAAUAUCCAUUUGACUUUAUAAAUCAAAAUCUAUAGUGGCACCCAGCUGAUUGGCUACACUGAAAAUUAGUUUGUUGAUUCCAUUAUAUACUCCCUUCUUGAACUUGGCCAUUUUAAUUGCAGACAGAACCUGAGACGUAAAGUCUCAGAAGGGUUGAUAUUUUUCCCCCCUUGCAAACUUUCAAACUGAAAGAUCUUAAUAACGUACAGUAAAUGUCUGAGAAAUAAAGGUCUGGUGUUAGACUCCUAAUUCCAUUUUCUCAUGUAAACAGAACUAACUUGUUUUCUGUCUUCCACCUUAAUUAGAUUGGCCUCGUUAGCACUAACCCCCCCACUUGGUAAGGCCACUCCCAUCUGUUCCAUGUGCAGUGUGUAUGUGUGUGUGUGUAUGUGUAUAUAUAUAUAUAUAUAUACACACACUGCUUACUGUAUUUUUCACUCCAUGCAUCUGAUGAAGUAGGUUUUAGCGCACAAAAGCUUAUUCCCAAAUAAAUUAGUUAGUCUCUAAGGUGCCAUAAGCACUCCUGUUUGUUUUCGCUGAUACAGGCUAACACAGCUACCACUCUGAAACUUGUUUCUUGAAGAGUCCUCUGCUCUGUCAGUGAGGAGCUCUCCCAUUUUUUCUCCACUUUCAUAUCUCUCAUAUGUCAUGCUCACAGUUAUGGGGACUCUUCUAGCUGAGGAGGACUGGAUAUAACACCUUUUGGAGCCCAUCAAUGCUGCUCUUUAAUAAGGUUGAGGAUCCUGAAAGCCUUCCACUGUGUCCUAAGGGAUUCUCUCUGUAUUGUGCUUUGCUUUUUUCAGCUGCCAAGAGAGGUGUAAUGUACAGGAAUCAAAACUGGGACUUCUGCAUACCUAAUUUUACAUGCAUGUAAAAUCAGUUUUUGCAUCCUUUGCAUGCAUGAGUAAGGGCUGCAGGAUUAAACCCCCCCCCCCCCCAAAUUGUGAGUUUGAGCUAAUGCUUUAUACUAUUUAAAAAAACAUUGGCAUAGCCUGGUCCCUUCCUCCUUAACCUUUCCAGAACUAUAAGUGCUCUGAAGGCAUCAGGCUUAGUACCUAUUGAAGAAAGCAUCUCAUGUUGCUGAAAAGUGGUUCUUCUAGCUGCAUAAAGAAUAGUGUUCACAUGUCCUGAAAAUUAUCCCUUAACUUCAAUAAUAUCUAAGAUUAUUUAAACUGAAAGAAGUGUGGAGUUCAUUUGUCACCACUUUAUAGUUUGUGCACUUUCAUCAGCUUGGGCAAUGAAAACAGACUUUGUCAGUUUUAUUUUCUGCUUCUCAUGCAUUAGCACAGUGCUGCAAUUUGAAGUGUGCACUGUGUCCAGUUGUUUCUAUUUACUCUGACUGUUGUGUUGUUUGGAGAUUUGCUGGGAGUCAGGAGGGGUGUUCUAUUAACCACGUCAGUAUAUCGCACUGUAGAUGGAAAAACAUGUCUUCACAGAUAAUAGAGCAUGCUACUGUGUACAAGAACAUUCUGACUUCAAUCAAACAGGAGUAUGAUGCAUUUAUUGAAGCGAUAAAAAAGGGCCAAAGGAAUGCAUUUUAUCUUCAUGGAAAAUUGAAAGUUCUGGCAUUUGAGCCUACAACUCUAAUAUGUUAUAGAAAAAGAACAAUCCAACUUGAAGACAAGGUAAAAGUUAUUGAGAGAAAUUCUGCUAGAAUUCAAAAUCUGAUAUUGAAAAUAAGAAAUAUUAAUAAAGUGCCCUCUACAGAAGCUUUGACUCCAAGAAAAAAGAGAAACCCUGCUAAGCCUAUACCAGGUCUGACUGUAGAAGAAUCUCUCAGCUUAGAUGCUCUUUCUAGACACCUUGCUCAGCUGGAAGGGAGAGUGCGGGAACUGAAAGCUGACAUGAUAUCAAAAUACAUCCCUCUGGAGAACAAGGCUGGCCUAGAGCAGGAACUCAAGCACUCAUUGGAACUACGAGAUAAGGCAGAGGCAGUGAAUGAGAAACUCAGACUGAGUUAUAAUAGAAUUACAUUGGUUGCAAAUGCUGUGUCUGCCUGGGCAAAAUCUGACAAGAGCACCUCCUUGCAAGAACUCCUCUCUCAAGUGAUGGAAAAGAAGGAAGUUGUAAAAGCUGCUGCUGCCUUUAGCAUCUCUCAUAUAUUUGAACAUGACCCCAGCAAGAGUAAAGAGGCUGAAGAUUUGCUUGAAUAUAUUGAAAGAUUCAAUGAAUUGUUUUCAUAUGGUCAGUAUGAGACUGCAGCAGUUUAUGCUGCAAACUGUCCUAGAGGAAUUCUCCGCAAUGAAGAAACCAUGAUGAAAUUUAAGGCUCUUGGUGCUGUUAAAGGGAGGAUUCUCCCUUUGCUGAGAUAUUUUGAGGCCCUCAUAAGCUCAAGUGCUGCAGUUAGACACCCUCUGUGUGCAGCCAUGACUCUGGAAGCAAUCAAAUGUGCAUUGUUUGAAAAACAGUUAAAUCUAGUUAUGCACUGGGUCACACAGCAAAGGCUGACGUUUUGUGAGGCAGCAGGGGAUGUGAUUUAUGACUAUGGGGAGGUGGAACCAUUCAACAAGUCCAAGUGUUUGGCUUUGGCUCAGAUUGCCUACAGUCAGUGUGGCGUGCAUAAGAAAGCUGCUCUGUGCUUGUGUAAACAGGGCCAAAUUUGUGGAGCAAUGGAUUAUAUACAGCAAUUCAAACACUUCACUUUCGAUGAUUACUUAUUCCUACUGAAAAACUGUCCUAGUAUUGAGCUAAUUCAUUGUCUAACUCAAGAGUGGAAUGAGAAACCAGCAUUAUUAUCCACUGGGGCUACGAUCCUCUCACUCAUUGAUACUGAUCACAAAGAGCAUGGUUUACAACUGUUAGAGGACAUAAACAUGGGUGAGAAGAAUGCACUGGAACAAGUUAUUUUAAAUGAUACGGUCUGUACCUUGGAAGGUUGGAAGAAGAUCGCGGAUACAUGUGCAGAAAAUAAGCAUGAAAAAUUGUCUCAAGAAAUCCUCUCGAUCCUUACCUCACAGGAAGGAGUGGUUCAGAUUUCCCCAUUUGAUGAUGAUGCAAAGAUAAUGGAACAUGUUUUCUUGUAGUUCUUCUGUAAAGCAAUUGAGGGAGCUCUAACAACAUUCAACCGAAGCAUCGUUAUAGUUAUUUGUAUGAAUUAUAGUAAACACUGAUCACUCAGAAAUAGAGCUGAUACUUCUUUUUGCCAUCAAAUGUAAAUUAGUAUCCCCUUUUAAUACAAGAGUGUCUUAACUGGGAAGGUAUAUUCAGUGUAGAACAAACUUGGCCUAUUUAGUUAAUGAAUAUUGUGAAAGUAUGUUUAUAUAUUUCCUUGUAUUGAAUAGUUCCAAGUUUU